AUGUUGCUCUUUUGCAGUGGUGAUAUAGAUUCUAUUUCUAUGAUGAUAAGUGGUCUUAAGAUUUUUUCUGAUACCAUAGGUUUGCAGGUUAGUGCCGAGAAAUCAGAAAUUUAUCUGGCGGGUAUGUCUCCACGUGAGCAUGAAGUGAUUAAAAAUGUCUCUGGUUUCAAAAUAGGUAAGUUACCUUUUACCUAUCUAGGAGUUCCCAUAGAUACUAAGAAAAUCACCCCUAUAGAAUGUGAACUACUCAUUGAUAAGAUGUGUAGAAGAAUCAAGAGUUGGAGCUCUUGGAAUCUCUCGUAUAGUGGUAGACUUCAAUUGUGGGUUCAUGCGGUUUACAUUAAAGACCAAAAAUGGGAGGAUCAUAAUCCUCCCAUCACUGCGAGCUGGAUAUGGAAAGGGAUAUGCAAGUUAAGAGAUGAAAUACAUGCUAUUGUCCAGCAGCAGACCAGCACGCAGUACAAAAUUAAAGGGGUAUGCAGACUGCUGAUGCCAGCUGAGAACAACGUCAACUGGAGCAGAAACUUCUGGUGCAGAUAUUCAGUACCUAAGCCUAGAUUCAUCACCUGGUUAGCUAUGAGAAGCAGGUUGUAUACAAGAGACAGACUUCUGAAUUUUGAUUUGGUACAGGACGCAACUUGUGUUCUUUGCAGUAACGAUAUUGAAACACACGAUCAUCUUUUCUUUCAAUGCCUAUGCAGUGUGAUGAUUUUGCAACAAAUUACGCAGUGGAUGGGAUAUGACUCAACGUCCCAUUCAUUGCAUUCCAUCCUCCACAAGUGCGGAAACAUCAGGGGGAACAGAAUGAAGAAGCGAGCCUUACUAGUUGCAAUUGCAGCGACAGUUUAUGGUGUUUGGAAAUUACGAAAUGACAUGAAGGAUGAUCCCACAUUGGAUAACAAGGCCGUCUUGGAUAUAUUAAGGGCCCUUAGCGAAAAAUGA